AUGGUCGUCUUGUCAAAAGCAUAUCUACAACAUGUUGAAUCUAAUGCUAUUCAACAGGCUAUAAACGUCAAUAUUGCACCAAAAACUUAUAAACGUUACCUUGAUAAUAGCCAUGCUCAAUUUACUAAUAUUGAUGACGCAAAUUCUUUUUUAACACUUUUAAAUUCACAAGAUAAAUCUAUUCAAUAUACAUGCGAAUACAAAAAUGCUCAACACCAAUUAAACUUUUUAGAUGUUUGUAUUUCAACCAAUCACUCUAUUCACAAAUAUGAGUUUUCCAUACACCGUAAAGAUGCAAUUACAAACGAUGAAAUUAAUUUUCUUAUUAUGAUUUUUACUGAAAAUGAACAUUCCUAUAAACAGUAUUCAGAUAUUGCUAAAAAUUAUAAAUACUCCACAAAUCCAUCUUGUUCUCAAAAAUUUGAUACCAAAAAUCUAGUUAUUUUACCAUGGGUCCCAAAGUUAGGCCUUGUUCUUAGAAAAGAACUUCGUAAAGCCGGCGUUAAAACAGUCUUCCGUUUUGGUAAUCUCUUAAUCAAUAUAAUUUGCCAUAGCAAGUCUAAACUGUCUCCGAAUAGUCAUCCUGGAGUGUACCAACUUAGUUGCACAUGUGGUGCAUGUUAUAUUGGUGAAAUAUUAAAAAAGAUUUCCACACGAAUUCAAGAACAUAAAAAUAAUAUUACAAAAGCCAACUGGGAAACAUCGGGAGUAGUAGAACCAUGGCCUACUUAA